CCACACAACAACUCAUAGCGCCAAUAAGGUACUGCUGGGUGUAAAUAGUUAGUUUCGGCACCCUCCAGGAGUCUAGUAUUGAAUGGGCCAAAUAUACCAUUAUACCAGCCCCCCGCAACCAUGAAAGUGACUCUUACACUCAAACGACCCCCCUCCGCUGAAGACAUUACCUACCUUCAUGAGUCCCUCAAAGCCAUUCAUCCAGAAGUCACCGAAACCUCGCGCGAAGGACUCAAAAUAUGUUUCGCGGCACCUACGAUGGAUGUUGAAGCUUUUGUGGAUUUGUUUCCUUCAUGGCUCCAUUCUUCUUCGCCGGAUGUGAUUAUGGAGGG